CUCGGAUACAACCAAUCGUGAUGUGAUCUCAAGAUUCGGUAAUGCCACCAUUGCUAUUGGACUCACAGUUCUCAUCUUGUCCUGUCUGUAACGCCAUAUCACGCCAUUCAUUCAUGUACGCCGCACGACGGCAGCCUAGUAGUGGAACGGGCCAUGACGAACCUCUAUAUUCGCGCUCCGAAUUUCUGCCUGCCUGACUACCCGAUAGCUCAAAAUAUCGCAGCUUCUACUGUGCAUUUUCAAUACAUACAGCACCUCUGCAGGGCAUACAGCUAUUUCUUCGAUUAGCUAGUGGGUCAAAUGUAAAACAAUUCUUGUCGGAAUCUUCGAUACAUCCAGCUUCCGGAGUAAAGGGUCCACGUUGCCCAAACCCCACAUUCUCAAACGUACCUCGGGCGGGUGGUGAUAGGUCUGGUCCAUCGUUGCAUAUAUUGUACUUGUUGUUGCAGCUUCACUUCUGCCAUACGAUGGAGCUUAUUGCUACAGUUCUGCAGCAAUGGAGGCCUAUCGCAUCGCUAUCCAUCCUCGGAUAUCUGGGCAUCUGUCAGGCGCUGCGCUUCCGUCGCUUGCAUGACCUUCAACGGCGCUUUCCUAUGCGCACGAAGGAGGAGCUUGCGAGUAUGACAGUGGAUCAGGCGUACGAGAUUCAGCGAAUCGUGAUGGACUGGGAAUUCCCAUAUAUGGUGGAUAAGGCGCUGAACUUUGCGCUCUUCAAGACAUAUGGCAUCCCAACUAUCAGCAGUUUGUUGCAGAAGACGACCGAGUUCUCGGCCAAGAAUACAGCUGGGAAGAGAGCCGUCGACACCACCAUCCUCAUCGGCGAGUUCCUCAACAACCCACCAUCCUCCAAACGCGCCUGCUCAGGCAUAUCCCGUAUGAACUACAUCCACAGCAAAUACCAACGCGCCGGCAAAAUCUCCAAUCCAGACAUGCUCUACACCCUCGCCCUCUUCGCCCUGGAGCCCUCCCGCUGGAUCGCCCGCCACGAAUGGCGAGCCCUCACUCCACUUGAGCUCUGCGCCUUCGGCGUCUUCUGGAAAUCCGUCGGCGACGCAAUGGGCAUCUCAUACCCACCGCUCCUCGCAUCCGAUGAGUGGCGCGAUGGCCUGCACUGGCUCGACGAGCUGGCUGCGUGGGCGGACGCGUAUGAGGCCGAGUACAUGGUGCCUGCGCAGAGCAACCGGGCGGUAGCAGACCAUACGACCAAGAUCUUGACCUACGGGAUGCCGGAGUCCGAAGGCUUCACCAAGUUUGGACGGCUGGUAACGGCGACGCUGAUGGAUGAGCGGUUGAGGAUUGCGAUGAUGUACGACAAGCCGCCGGCGUGGCUGCAGUCUGUCGUUGAUGCCACUCUAAAGAUGAGGAAGUUUGUGAUGCGGUAUGCGGCGCUGCCGAGGCGGACUGCGUUUGGGUUCCUGAGUGAGGAGCCGGAUAAGGAGACGGGGAAGCUGUAUCGGAAGGUGUAUCUUGCGGAGCCCUGGUAUGUGCCUGAACGGUACAAGUGGAGUGUUCAGGGGGCGUUGAGAUGGGUGUUUGGUCUUGCGCUGCCAGCGAAACAGUGGCAGAGUGAGGGAUAUGUAGUUGAGGAGGUAGGGCCUUUUGCGAUGAAGGGGCAGGGCUUGCAGGAGUUUGAGAAGGGCGUGGAGGACUUGAUGGGCAGUGGCAGGGGUGGAUGUCCGUUUGGGAAGAUCUGAAUCUGGGCUACGCAAGAAGAGAUGGCUGGAGAAAAAAGAGUUGGCGAGUGGAUGUACAUGUUUUGUAUCAAUUUCUUUGGUGAUUUGUAUAGUUUUACUGUAAAGAUAGUUGUUUUGCAAUAUAUUACUUGACGAU